CCCUGGUGUUGUGUGUUAUGUGCUAGCUGGAUAAUGUCGGAUCCAGCAGGAGGAGAGGGGAGUGUGGCGGGUUAGUUUUCCUCCUCCUAUGGCAGCAGGGUCGGUGAAAUGUACGCGUGUGUGGCUGCUGCUGUGGCUCUGCGUCCGGCUGUCCGACACCAAAAACACCCGAGUGUCUAUGGAUGAUGACCUCCUGUUGCCUUAUGCUGAUGGUCACGGCCCCACCCAUUCUCACCGCCAUGUCAGAAGCUGUCAGUACAUCACUCAUGGCAACACCACCCACGAGAGCUGGCCAUCGAGUAACCACAGCGGACAGCCGGUCGCUGAGUCCACACUGUUCGUGUCAGAUGUGCCGGGAAGCUCCAGAUGGGUUUAUGGUCACAUGACGGUGGUCCAUGACCCAUUGAGGGCGGUGUCGGUGUUGGAGCCAGGAGGGACUGACGGCUGUAAGAUGAAUCAGAGAGUUUCAGUGGAGGAGACGGCUAAAGCUGCUGGGUGUCUGUAUGCCCAGAAUGCCGGCUUCUUCGACACAAGAUCAGGCGCGUGUUUGGGCAAUGUGGUGAGCAACAGCAGGAUGGUUCAGGACAGCGGUGGAGUGCAAAACGCACAGUUUGGAAUCCGGAGGGAUGGCAGCCUGGUGUUCGGAUAUCUCUCACAGGAAGAUGUUUUGGACCAGUCCAACCCUUUUGUCCAGUUGGUCAGUGGUGUGAUAUGGCUGCUGAGGGAUGGCGAGGUUUACAUCAACCAAAGCAUGGAGGCUGAGUGUGACAAGACACAGGAGACAGGGCUUCUACGCACUUUCGUAGAUGUGGUUUCAGCCAGGACGGCAGUGGGCCACGAUGCAGAGGGAAAGCUAAUCCUGUUUCACAUCGAUGGACAGACGGGACUAAGAGGAAUGAGUCUUUGGGAGAUGGCGGAGUUCCUGAAGAAGUAUGGAGUGAUCAAUGCUAUUAACCUGGAUGGAGGUGGGUCUUCCACCUUUGUGGUUAAUGGCUCAUUGGCCAGCUACCCCUCCGAUCAUUGUAAACCAGACAACAGGUGGCGCUGUGGUCGGAAUGUCUCCACCAUCCUUUGUAUCCAUCAGCGUCGAUGCCAGCCAGGAAACUGCAGUGGACACGGUGACUGUGUGGAUGGACAGUGUAGGUGUCAAGAGGGCUGGCAGGGUGCCGCUUGUGAUUCUCUGGUGUGUCAGACAUGUGGACCCCAUGGCUUCUGCACUGCCAAUGGCUGUGUCUGUGAUGCUGGAUGGAGAGGGAAGAACUGUAGCCAAGAGUGCCUCCCAGGUUUCUAUGGUGACGGCUGCAAUCAGACCUGUUCCUGCAAUAACGGUGGUUCCUGUGACCCCAUUUAUGGACGCUGCACAUGCCCUCCUGGUUUCCAGGGUGACUCCUGUGAACAAUUGUGUCCUCUGGGUUUUUUCGGUCCAUCCUGCGCUCAGGAAUGUCAUUGUGAAAACCUGUGUCCAUGUGACCCGCAAACUGGAAGCUGUAAUGCCACUCUGAGAGAAGAAACCAAUUACACCUUACACAGAGCUGGACACUGCCUGGCCAAACAGAUGUUUACAUCAUGGAGACAAGAGAAAGAUGCUAACAGAGAACAGCCUUAUCUGACAGAGAGAACAUGGCUGAUAAUCACGCUCGUCUUGGCUUUUCUCCUGUCGCUCAGCCUGCUGGUUCACAUCGUAAAGGCAUGUUGCAGCACAGUGGCAUCCCACUUCCCCGAGCGCCAGGACUACUCCUACGUCCCGCUGACAGACAUCAACGGAGCUGCUUCACGUGCCAGAGACAAAGCCGUAGUGUCUGGGAAGGGGGAUUUUGAACUGGACGACUCAGACUCUCAGGAUGAAACCUGGUCUCCGUCGUGCUCAGGGAGGUUGUAACUGUCAGGAGGACCAAGUGGAGACAGUGUUAUUGCACAAAGAGAUGAAACUGACACUCAGUGAUCCUUUUUUAUUUAAUCUAAAAAUUUCCAUUGACAGUCCUGCUGAAAUGAGACAGUUUUGUAACAUUCUUUAUAAUCUGUUGACAUCAAACUGACCACCAGGUAUUUUUAGAGGAUGCUUUUGGUAGCUGUUCAAAUUUUUGCUCGCGGCUUUUGUUUACAGCCAAAAUGUUUGAAUGUGAUGAUGAAUGAAAAGCGGUCAAAGCUUUAUUUUGUCAGCAGUCUCCACAUCCCACUUUCGGCCACGUCGAGCUUUUCAACUUUUUGUCAUAAAGUAAUUCUACCCAGGCGCCUGUAUUACAAAAUAAUGUUAAUGGAUUAUCCAGCGAUCUUUGAUCUUAAGUCAGUUUUUCUGGGCUCGGUCUCCGUGGUAGCAGUGUGUUUCUGGAAGAGGUAAAAUCAUAGGAUCAGAUCUGCCGAUAGCAUGAGUUGACCAAUCAGAUCACUGGAAUAAUUGAGUCCAAGAUCCCAGAAAGGACAAAAAUAUAAUGCAUGUAAUUUGCAAAAAUUACAUUGAAAGGGACAUAAAGCAAUAGAGGCAUUUUUAAUAUGUCAUCAUUUCACUUUGCUACCCAUGAUAAUCUUUCAGGGAUAGUCAGGGUAUAUGUAGGUCUUAAAAACAUUUAUUUCAAGGUCUUCAAAUUUAUUAAACAGUCUUACAUUUCAGGGACAAAGGUCUUACUGAAAAAUCCCCAGUAAAAUUUAUCAGUCAAAUUAUAAACUGCUAAAAUUCACAGAUUCAGUUUCUCUUGGUCAGCUAAUAGAAUAAUCCUGUCAGUUCAUUAUUUUCUACCAGAAACUAUCAACAACAAUACAAGUGUCAAUAAAUUGUUCAUGCUUUGGUUCAUAAAACAAACACGUCAUCAACAGUGUUUUCACCCAGACUAAUUGACCUUGCUUUGUGGUAGAGCCUCCUGAUAGGUUGCCACGUAAUCAGAUGGACUUUAACCACAGGGACAGUGGUGUUCAAAGCAAACUGGGUUUUUAUCUGACAUUUAAAAAGAAAAAUCAAAACAAAGAUUUUUUUUUUUUUUCUCAAUAUACUCUGCUCAAUGCCUGAAUGUAAAAUAACUAAAUAUUUUAUGAUUUAUUAUAAUAUGCUACUAGAAUUAUAUCAGAUAAACAAUUAAAUAAGCACAAAUGUCAAUUUUUUUGGUAUGUUUAAACUUCUCUGUAAAAAGGUUCCAACUUUGCAUCAAAUCAAGAUUUCAAGAUAUGAUGUAAUUUCUAAAUGUCACUAGACACCAGAUGUAUUUUUGGCAGGUGCUUUUUGCCUGUUUUAAACAAAAUUAAAUGUAAAUAUCACAAUUUGA